UCAGGUCGUUUGUUGUCAUUGGCGGCUCCCAAGAUGGCGUCCAUCAUGGAAGGGCCGCUGAGUAAAUGGACUAACGUGAUGAAGGGCUGGCAGUACCGUUGGUUUGUGCUGGACUACAAUGCAGGGCUGCUCUCCUAUUACACGUCCAAGGACAAAAUGAUGAGAGGCUCUCGCAGAGGAUGUGUUAGACUCAGGGGAGCUGUGAUUGGUAUAGACGAUGAGGACGACAGCACCUUCACAAUAACUGUUGAUCAGAAAACCUUCCAUUUCCAGGCUCGUGAUGCUGAUGAGAGAGAGAAGUGGAUCCAUGCCUUAGAAGAAACAAUUCUUCGACAUACUCUUCAGCUUCAAGGUUUGGAUUCAGGAUUUGUUCCUAGUGUCCAAGACUUUGAUAAGAAACUUACAGAGGCUGAUGCUUACCUACAAAUCUUGAUAGAACAAUUAAAGCUUUUUGAUGACAAACUUCAAAACUGCAAAGAUGAUGAACAAAGAAAGAAAAUUGAAACUCUCAAAGAGACAACAAAUAGCAUGGUAGAAUCAAUUAAACACUGCAUUGUGUUGCUGCAGAUUGCUAAAGACCAGUGUAAUGCGGAGAAGCACGCAGAUGGAAUUAUAAGUACUAUUAAUCCUGUAGAUGCAAUAUAUCAACCUAGUCCCUUGGAACCUGUGAUCAACACAAUGCCUACCCAGACUGUCUUACCUCCAGGCAGUGGGCACUCACCACCUAGUAGCAGUUUGACUUCUCCAAGCCAUGUCAACUUGUCUCCAAAUACUGUCCCCGAGUUCUCUUAUUCUAGCAGUGAAGACGAAUUCUAUGAUGCUGAUGAAUUCCAUCAAAGUGGCUCAUCCCCAAAGUGCUUAAUAGAUUCCUCUGGAUCUGCCUCAGCCUUGACACACAGCAGCUCAGGAAAUAGUCUAAAGCGCCCAGAUACCACAGAGUCACUUAAUUCUUCCAUGUCCAAUGGAACAAGUGAUGCUGACCUUUUCGACUCACAUGAUGAUAGAGAUGAUGAAGGGGAGGCAGGAUCAGUGGAAGAGCACAAAAGCGUUAUCAUGCAUCUCUUGUCACAGGUUAGGCUUGGAAUGGAUCUUACUAAGGUAGUUCUUCCAACAUUCAUUCUUGAAAGAAGAUCUCUUUUAGAAAUGUAUGCAGACUUUUUUGCACAUCCGGACCUGUUUGUGAGCAUUAGUGACCAGAAGGAUGCCAGAGAUCGAAUGGUUCAGGUUGUGAAGUGGUACCUCUCCGCCUUUCACGCAGGAAGGAAAGGAUCGGUUGCCAAAAAGCCAUACAACCCCAUUUUGGGCGAAAUCUUUCAGUGUCACUGGACAUUGCCAAAUGAUACUGAAGAGAACGCAGAGCUAGUUUCAGAAGGACCGGUUCCCUGGGUUUCCAAAAACUGUGUGACAUUCGUGGCUGAACAGGUUUCCCAUCACCCACCCAUUUCAGCUUUUUAUGCUGAGUGUUUUAACAAGAAGAUACAAUUCAAUGCUCAUAUCUGGACCAAAUCAAAAUUCCUCGGGAUGUCGAUUGGGGUACACAACAUAGGGCAGGGCUGUGUCUCGUGUCUAGAUUAUGACGAACAUUAUAUUCUCACAUUCCCCAAUGGUUAUGGAAGGUCUAUCCUCACAGUGCCCUGGGUGGAACUAGGCGGAGAAUGCAAUAUCAAUUGUUCCAAAACCGGCUAUAGUGCAAAUAUCGUCUUCCACACUAAACCUUUCUAUGGGGGCAAGAAGCACAGAAUUACUGCUGAGAUUUUUUCUCCAAAUGACAAGAAGUCUUUUUGCUCAGUUGAAGGAGAAUGGAAUGGUGUAAUGUAUGCAAAAUAUGCAACAGGGGAAAAUGCAGUUUUUAUAGAUACCAAGAAGUUGCCUAUAAUUAAGAAGAAAGUGAGGAAGUUGGAAGAUCAGAAUGAGUAUGAAUCCCGCUGCCUUUGGAAGGAUGUCACUUUCAACUUAAAAAUCAGAGACAUUGAUGCAGCAACCGAAGCCAAGCAUAGACUUGAAGAAAGACAAAGAGCAGAAGCUCGGGAAAGGAAGGAGAAGGAAAUUCAGUGGGAGACAAGGUUAUUUCAUGAAGAUGGAGAAUGUUGGGUUUACGAUGAACCAUUACUGAAACGUCUUGGUGCUGCCAAGCAUUAGGUUGGGAAAUGCAAAGUUUACACCUGACGACCAGGGCAAUAGGCAUAAUUAAGCAACAAUCUUCCUUUGGGAGAACCUAUUCACUCCCUUCUUAUUGCAGUGGUUCCUAUCUCAGGGAUACUGGACUUUCUGAUGCAGAUGAACAAUUAAAGCAAGAAAAGCUUCCCUUUUUUCCUUUUCUGUGGCAGUUACAAUUUUGACUUCAGUCCUGAGAAUNACUUCAGGUUUUGAAAACAAGAUGUCUGCUUUUUUCCCCAAACCCUGUGCUUUGAAAAGCAUUUAUAAAUCCCGGUCUUAAACCUUGCACACCUAGUAUGGCUGUUAAGAUAUACAUCUGUUCCUAGUUCAUUUAAUCUUGGGUUCUACAUACAUAUACACACACACAUAUACCUAAUGCCAGAUUUUUCAUAAAUACUCCAUCUGUAAAUAUUGGUUUCUCUGAGUUGUUUUAGAAACUUAGUGCAAUGUAUUAAAAUCAAGUGUUAGGAAAUUUCAUGGCCUCACCUAUAACAACUUGUUUUGGAAUUGGACUAUUAAAUUGUAUCUAACUCUGGACUAUAUUUAAUUAUACUCAGUGCUUCUUAAGGCUUCAUAAAGUAAUUUUUCCAAAUUUUUUUUAAAUGUGUUUCUUUCAUUACCUGGCAACCCUGAAUCCAGGAGCUAAGUAGCUUUAUACAAGGACUCUCCUAAAACAAUGGAGGGUCCAACCUUUUUCUCAACCCUCCCUCAUACUCUUGUGUUCUGUGUUUAGCCCCCACUAUGCUAUUCUCCAGAGUUCCUUGAACUCUUAUACAGUACAGUACACGUAGGGCUCCCAACAUUUUAUCCAAAAAUAUUUUAUUGCCUUAGAGGGUUUAGGAAGGGGGUUUUAGGUCCCCACCCCAUACUGAAACAAAAAAGAAAGAAUGCCACAGCAGCAAAUGGCUCAUUCUGAAGGGCAUUACAGAACUAUCUAGCUAUCUUUAUUUAUUUAAAAAUACAUUACAUUACAUUAAAAAAAAAAAAAACA